AAGAUGCAAGUAUUAAAUAAUGUACUCAAUAUUGGCUCCCUUACAGGCGAAAUGGCGACGGAGAAUAACUCAGUUUGCCCUUCUCUUAGCUUUAAAGCACGUGUGAUUGGUUUUAUCAUUUUCAUAAAUUUCAUUUCGGUGUUCUCUAUUAUCUGCUGCGUUGCCAUUUUUGUCGGAGAUUUUCCCAUUUUCGCGAUCUUUUUUACGCUCAAUAGUAUUUGUGGUAUAGGAAGCACUCUAUUUCUUGCCGGACCAGUUUAUCAGUUUAAAAAUAUGUUUAACCGGAAUCGUUGGAUCGCCACCAUCGUUUAUUUAUUGGCAAUGCUGCUUACGUUUAUCGUGGCGAUUGAAACCAAAAGUGGAAUUUUGGUGCUUUUAUUUUUAUUAAUUCAACAUCUGACAAUGUGGUGGUAUUUUCUCUCCUACAUUCCUUACGCGCGGGAGGCUGUUAGGGCUGGGGUUUCAACUAUCAUAUUAUAACAGGUAAAUAAAUAUAUAGAUUUUUCACUUUUUUAAAAUGUUAAAUCAGUUUUUUAAUAAAUUCUAUCAAGCACAAUAUCGGUAUUCCUCUUUUAUCCCUACAUAUAUUUUAUCUCUUGUAUCAUGUGUUUUUCAAUGUCAUGAUAGUGUAAUACAUAGGGAAUACCCGAUUUUAUAAAUGAAUUCAAUAAUAUUCAGAAUUACAACAUUAAGAAGGUAAAUGUUAAUACAUAAAAGUGGUUCUUAUUCUUAGUAGUAUUAUCUGACAUGGUAUCUUGAUAAGGGUUGUAGCAAAUAUUUUAAUCCCCAAGAUAUU